AUGAAGUCCACCACUACCCUCGCCGGCCUCGCCGCUCUCCUCGCCAGCGCGACUCCAGCCUUAGCCCAGCAUGCCACUUCGGCCACUGUCACCGGCUUCUCUACCACUCGCAACGCAACCCAUAUCAACUACCGCGCCACCAUCAACGUCAACCCGGAAAACGCCCUCGCAACGUUCACGCACUCCACGCCCGGCACCACCUUGCCCACCAACAGCGGCGCGUGGACGUCCACCGACCCCAAGCUCGUGCUGCGCUUCAACGUCGUCAGCGCCGUCAACCAGGUGCGCGUGCUGCUGAGCGAUACGCAUGUCGUGGGCAACACGGUCAAUUUAGAUUACUUUAGUCCGUUUUCGGAUUGGCAGGGUGCGGGCGCUAGUGUGUAUACGGGGCCGGCUUCCUUUACGCUUGCUUAG